GAGGCGCGGAGCGAGGGGACGCCAGAGAAAACACGCGCCGGACAAACAGCGAAAGAAGCGGGGACGCGUCCGACGGCGAUGACGGCGCCGGCGGUGGUGUCGGCGGCGGCGAAGAAGGAGGUGGAGCCGGUGGCCCCGGCGGGGCUGCGGCGGCUGCGGGAGCGCUGGGGGAACGCGCGCUUCGCCGUGACGCCGCUGGUGGGCCACAGCGACCUCGUCACCGCCGUCGCCUUCCACGGAUCGUACAUCGUCUCCGGCAGCCGCGAUACGACGGUGAAGCUGUGGCACGCCGCGACGGGCACGGAGGAAGCCAACCUCGGCGGGCACACAGGCAGCGUCACCUGCGUGGCCAUCGCCCCAGCCGCCACCGCCCCGCCAUCGGUAAAAAUUUACCUUCGCUGA